CACUUUUGAUUUUAAAAUUUACGGUCAAAGCUGAUGGAGUGCCGUGUACUAGCUUGGUGGAUCUUCAUUCUUGUGCUUGUCUGCAUUACGACUGAAGCAUCGCACUUCCGACACGGCAGUAUAAUGUGGGCUCCAGAUAAUUCUAACAGCAAUAAGUUACAGUUUCGAUUUCGCAUCGGAUGGAGACGAUCGUACAGCGCUGGUCUUUACUGUGACCAGAGUACGAUAAGCAGCAAUCAGCUCAUUUCUUUCGGAAGCUCAUGGGAUGCAACAUGCACCAAUUCUCCUAAUCCUGUAUGUGGGUCGACUGCCAUCGGAAAUACUAACUUCUACUGUACAGACUACAGCACCACCGAGGAUUGGACAGUGGGUGAAAAUAAUUUCACGCAUACUUUCAGUAACAGCGAAAAGGAAUGGCAUGUGAGCUUUUCAGGUUGCUGUUGGAUCGCUCUUAGUCAUUAUGGUGGUUCUACAAGUUGGAGAGUAGAAACUACCAUUAACCUUUCGCCGCGAUCAGAUAAUGGCAAAAUUAAUUCUUCCCCAGUAACAAGAAGCCCAGCCAUUGUUCGAUUUCCAGGAGGUUGCCGUCAGUCAUUCAGAAUUCCAGUUGAAGACCCGGAUGGAGAUACAGUGAAAUGCCGUUUUGCGACUAUUUCGGAGUCUCUUAGAGACAAUACCAGUUUUCCAUACGGUACACUGGAUGAGACUCCUUGCGUUCUGACGUAUAAUGGAUCACAACAAGCAGUUGGCGGAAUUUAUGCAGUGGCAUUAACUUUAGAAGACUUUCCAGCGGGAACUACAAACUUUGGUAGCGUCACACCGUUCAGCGGUAUCCCAUUACAGUUUCUUGUCAUGGUAAUUGGUAACCAUGCAGGUAAUUGUCAUAAAAAGCCUGUCUAUACAGCAUCUACCCCAAAAGACGGUGAAUGUUCUGAUGUCUCGAUUGGCUCUGCAUAUAUUGCAGUGAUAGAAGUGCAAGUUGCAGAUCUCUCAAAGUCCAUUGUGGAAAUAACUACUGCUUCUCCAUCUGGAAUGCAACUUACAUCUUUACGCAAUCAAGGACAAAUCUAUUACAGAAAUGUCACCUGGUACCCACGUCAGUAUCAAAUUGGACAGCAGUUGUUCUGCUUUAAGGCAAUAGACUCUGCUGGACUGGAAAGUGAGUGGCGAUGUGUGACAAUUCUUGUCGGCAUGAGUAGUACUCCGCGAGUUAUUUUAGCGAGUCGCAAACCCAAAGCACCAGUUAGUACAUUUGGAUCAGGUUAUUCCAACUGGAGCGUUCAGUUUGACCGAUUGAUCAAAAAACCUCGAGCAUCGUCUUACAUAAGACUCGUCUUGCUGCCCAGUCGACAAACAGUCUACAAAGUGGACGCACUCUCUCAAAACGUGACAAUUGGUAGUAAUUCAACCACACUGCGUUUUUUGAUUCCCCUUCCUGUGUUGAGCAUGGAAGGGUUAUAUGCAAUCUUAAUGGAUAAAGGAGUAGUAGUUGGAGAGGGCUGUUCAUCUGGUGGCACUUUCACACCCGGAAUAUCAUCCUCGAGCGCUUGGAGAUUCUAUGUACGUGGUGUAUGUCGCUUCGGAUAUUCGCUUAGUUUGCCAGACUUUCGUAGCUGUGUAGAUGUAAAUGAAUGUGCCUACGCAAGCUCCUAUGUGCAUUCGAAUGCUUCAGCCCGGUCAAAAAUCUUUCCAGAGUUCAUAUUACCAGCAGGUUGUGAUCAAGUCUGUCGCAACACUCAGGGAAAUUACAGUUGUUCUUGUGCAAGCGGAUAUCAACUGCAGUCGAAUGGAAAAUCUUGUAAAGGCAAGAAACAAAAUAAGUUGGACAAAUCCUGUUCCCGGGCACUAAGUCCGAAAUUCCUCGGCACAAGAACAGCAACAGACUCGCAUUUAGCCCCCAAUGUGGUUACUCGUUCACAUGAUAUAAAACUGCCAUUUUACUGCCGAUACUCCCGAAAGAAGCUACUGAGCCUGGCCUUCACACCUCGGAGGAUUUACGUCGGGAAUGAAACGGGAUAUGGUACCUUCACCUUCAAGAUGGACUUUUAUAAGAGUUCUUCGUUUGCCACGCCCUAUACAACGCAGGACUACCCUCUAACGGUGGAUCUUAAUGAAUAUGUUUAUUUACGGUACAGUGUGGCGUCCUCAGCUGACCUGGUCAUUAUGGCUGAGAAUUGUAAGGCUACUAAAGACGCAAGCUUUUAUUCUUGGCCACAAUACACCUUUCUUCAAAACGGAUGCCCCAAAGAUUCAACGCUUGACUACAGUUAUGAUCCAACCCGACAAUACCAACAGUUUAAAAUCAAAACUCUCCGAUUUUGGAACGACUAUGGCACUGUGUACUUCCAUUGUGAAUUGCUGGCCUGUCACCGGAAUUCUCCUAAUUCCAGAUGUAGUAAGGGCUGUAUAAAGAACAAGAGAAAGAGGAGAGACGUAGUACGAGAUGGGACAGAGCAAGAAGAAAGCACAAACAAAGUCAUUCUGACAGGUGGACCUGUAUUGUUCGAGGGGGCCAAAGAAGAAGAAUCCAAAGAGCCCAAGCAGGGUAUGCAUACAGCUCUGAUCGGUGGUGUAGCAGGCGCUGGAGUAUUUGGACUGUUUGCAGUUGUAGCUCUGGCUGUUUUGUUUGUCAAGUAUCGCAGGACGCAACGGUUUCCGAACAGCAACAAAGACGAGCCAGCGGGACAAAACAAUGCUGCUUACAUGCCGGAGGAUGAUGUGUCGCAAUGGGAGGCAAUAAUUAAGUCGAAUUUCGCUUAAAAACACUGGUGUUGAUAUAUUUCUUCUUCAAAACGUCGGCAUUGAGAUUUAUCUCUUGUUUGUUUCUCUUACGGAGGGUCUAUCUUUAUUUUCAUGUUUAUAUGUUAUAGAGCGCCAUGCCUUUAGAAUCAUCUUCACAGAUUUUUUUUUUCGGAAUGCAUCUUGAAAUGUCUCUACUAGUUUUGCAGUACAUAUUGGUUGGCACCUGGUUGCAUAUGUAAAGCUCAUAUACAUUUACUUAUCUACACUAUCAAACAUAACUUUUAACGGUUUCAAUUAUAGCGUGUGUUAUUUGUUAGCUUGGUGAAAUAAUAAAAUUCCAUACCAGCA